CAAACGUUUAUGUUUGUGGUAUAAUCACAAAGCCAACAAAGAUUGUUGACGUUUAAUAAUGUUGGAAUUACUGCGAGAAUAAUCUUAGAAUGACAACUAAAAUGGCACAUAUAUCUGAUACUCUUAGGAUUCUUCACUUACCACAAGAACUUUCUGAUGACCGACGAAAUGAAUUAUUUAAGAAAUAUGGUGCUAUUAAAACGCGUACAUUAAGGCCUUCCAAGAAGUAUACUGUAACAUUUGCAAAGUUUUCAUCUCAACAAGCAGCUACAGAAGCAUUAUUACGUUUGCAUCAAUUAAAUGUCAAAGGACAGUAUUUAACAGUUGAAUAUGCGAAAAAGUCUAUACCAAUCGAAAGUAUAGAAAAUGAAAUUCCAAAUGAUACGAUUACGAAAGAGGAAAACAAAAAAGAUUUAUCAAACAAAUCUAGUUUUCAAGCUUUUGUACAAAAAUUGAAUAAUUGGACGAUGAAUCAUGUUUUCACGCAACCACCUCCACCAAACGUAUAUUAUAAGUAUACAGCACCAACAAGAAAUACAUUAAUAAGGAUAGCUAUACAAUUGUUAAAAGAACCAGCUUUUUACACACAGGUUUUACAUUUAAUGAACAGAAUGAAUUUGCCACCCCCUUUCGAGGAACUGGAGGCAGAGUUUCCAUCACUGAAAGAAGCUUAUAACAUGAAAAAAUAUAAGGACAUCUUUAGCAGUGACACUUUGUUCGACAAGGAAAAUGGUUCUGACAAUGAUGAGGAAGAAGAAUCUGAAAUAGAAUCAAAUGAAGAAGAUAAUGCAAUGCCACCUUUGGAAAUCGUCCCUGUAAAGAGGAAACAUGCGCAGAGUACAAAACGUCUAAAAAUUCCAAAAUUUGUUAACCCAGCUAAACAAAUUCAAGCUGCAAGUUCUACACAAAAGAUUGUCAAACCAGAAGAUAUGUUCGAACCAGUACAGCGUGCAGAGACAAAAAAUCUUAAAAUUGAGUUAAAGACAGUAGAUACGUUUUUGGAUACUUUAAGUAAAGAAGAUAAUACUACUACUGAAAUUGGUACAGACAGUGGUUUCGGUUUAAUGUUUCCAUCCUCCAAAAAUCCAGAUACUGUCGAAAAUGAAAACAUGGAAGAUAUUCAACAAGAUGUAAUUACGUCCAAACAGUUGACAGAUAAUAAAAUUUCAGCUAAUGAUCAAAGAUUGCUUCCAGUUUUUAAAAACUAUCAUCCCGGAAAACCAUCAAACCGUUUAUAUAUAAAGAACCUUGCGAAACAUGUUGAAGAAAAGGAUCUUCAUUUUAUCUAUAAAAAAUUUGUGGUACCUGAUUUAAAAGCAGAAUUUCAAUACGAUAUUCGACUUAUGCAAGAAGGAAGAAUGAAAGGACAAGCAUUUAUCACAUUACAAAAUAUAGAACAAGCACAAUUAGCUCUUGAUCAAACGAACGGAUACAUUUUAAAAGAUAAACCAAUGGUUGUGCAAUUCGCUAAAGCAGUAAAAAGUUAGCCAAAAUAACAUAACAAUCAUUUAUUCUUUUAUUUAUAAAACUCACCACUCGAACAAUAAUAAUUUUAAUAAACCGUCACAUUUUCUUAAUUUUUUAUAAAAACUUUAUUUAUACAUCCUGUAUUCAAUACAGUAGAAUAAAAGAAUGUUCGCUCAAAACAUAA